UUCCUGUUUACACCUUUACACCUGCAGAGGAAGCUGAAGGUUCAGGACCUUCAGCUUUAGGACUUUCAGUUUUAGGACUUUCAGCUUUAGGACCUUCAGCUUUAGGACCUUCAGCUUUAGGAACAUUUAACAAACACAGGACAUGAAUGAAGUUUGAUUUGUUGAACACCAAAAACACUUUAACUGGACAGAAACGUUCUCAACAGCUUCAUGAAGAGUCGUGUGCCUGAAUGAAGGAAGCUGCUGUUAUGAUCUGAUUAUUCUAAUCACACAAUUUACUACAAAGCAAACAGGUUCAAAUGCAGGACAGGAAGUAGUAUUUCAGUUGGAAUAAACCUUUAAAACUAGAAAUAUUUGGACAGAAGUUCGUUUUCUGAUGGAAAAAAUGAAAACUAUAAGUACUUGGACAAAAAGUAGCGUUUAGGGCAGAAAUAAAACUGUAAAAGUAUAAAGACUUGAGGACAGAAAGUAGCAUUGGGGUCUAAUACAUCUUUAAAAUUAUAAGGACUUGAACAAAAAGUAGUAUUUUGAAGAACUGAACCUUUAAAACUGCAAGACAUUGUUAAAAUCGAGUGUUUUUGGUGCAAUAAACUUUUGAAACUAUCAGUACUUGGACAGAAAUAGUAUUUUCUAUCUUGUUUUUCAGUUUUUUCUUGUUUUUUUUGUUGUGUGUUGGUUCAUGUCUUGUUUUUCCUGUUUUUUGUUGGUUUUUAUCUUGUUUUGCGUUGGUUUAUGUUUAAUUUUUCAAGUUUUGCGUUGGUUUAUGUCUUGUUUUACCUGUUUUUUGCUGGUUUCUAUCUUGUUUUUCUAGUUUUGUGUUGGUUUCUAUGUUGUUUUUUAGUUGUGUUGGUUUCUAUCUUGUUUUUUUAGUUUUGUAUUGGUUUCUAUCUUGUUUUUUUUAGUUUCGUAUUGUUUUCUAUCUUGUUUUUCUAGUUUUCCAUCUGAGAUUGAUCCCCAGACAUCGCUGAUUGUGUUUCCAUUCUUGUGUAGACGCUGAUAGUUUUGGUUUUUCUGAGUUCUGACGUUUGACAGGAAGCAGCAGCUUCAGGUUUUCUUCACUGAGUCCAUCAAAGCUCCAACGUGAAUCUCCUGCUUUAAAUCAUCGCUCAUUAAAUCUGAUCCUGCAGCAUGAAAACAUGAUCGACCAGGAGUGGCAGUAUCGCAUCUACUGCAAGAGUCUGAAGAGCAGUGAGAGGAACCUGCUGCAUCACUACCUGGAGAGGUCUACGCUGCCAGAUAUACGGCCCAACACAGGUAAACAUGAAUCCGACCAGCACCAGGAUCAGGUCUCUCUGGAGGACCAGAAGGACCAGAACAGGCUGAUCUUCAGGCUAGAUGGAGAUGGUUUUACGGACUUUCCCAGGGAGCUGCAGUGGAUGUCCUACCUGGAGGAGUGGCACGUCAGAGGAACCAGGAUCCGCCAGCUGCCCGACUUCCUGCCUCUGUUCACCCAACUCACCGUCCUGCAGAUCCCCAAGAACUGCAUCAGCGAGCUGCCGCCGGAGAUCGGUAAACUGACGGCGCUCAGAGAACUCAACGUCAGCUACAACCGUUUGUCCAAAGUUCCUCCGGAGCUCGGAGACUGUGAGAACCUGGAGAAACUGGAACUGGCCGGAAACCACAACCUGUCGGAGCUGCCGUUCGAGCUCAGCGGUCUGAAGCGACUGCUCCACCUGGACAUCGCAGAGAACCGCUUCAUCUCCAUCCCCAUCUGUGCUCUGAGGAUGUUCAGUCUGCAGCUGCUGGACCUGAGCAGCAACCAGCUGAGCGACCUGCCGCAGGACAUGGACAGGUUGGACCAGUUGGUGACGCUGUUGGUCCAUAAGAACCAUCUGACUUACCUUCCUCACUGCCUCGCCAACAUCCCAACACUCAAGAUGGUCGUCGUCAGCGGCGACGAACUCACCUGCGUCCCGACCAGAGUGUGCAGCAACCCGGACAUCAAGUUCAUCCGACUCUACGAGAACCCGAUGAUUGAAGAGAAGAGGAAGAAGAAGAAGAAGAAGAAGGAGGAAGAGGAGAAGAAGAAGGAGGAGAAGAGGAGGAGGUGGAGGCAGCAGAAGGAGGAGAAGAAGGACGGCAGAGAGAAGGAGUUCAUGGAGGCGUACAUCAGCUCCCUGAAGGACAGAGACGCUGUCCCGUACUCCACCACCAAGGUUUCCAUUUCCUGUCAGCUGUGACGAAGGAGGAAACUCAGAAAAUACACCCACGAUGGGAGCUAACAUGCUAACAGUGGCUAACGGCGUGACGUCAUCAGAGGGCGGCCAUGUUUGUAGUAUACUUUGAGGGCUGAUGAGAAAAUGUGGGAUUUUUUUGGAUGGAAGAAAAACUAAGAGUUUGGAAAUGAGUAGAAAUAUUGAUCUGAAUUAAUAAUCAAUAAUCAAUAUUUAACUGAAGGAUUUUAAUUCAUGAUUCACAGAAAAACAGGAGCUGAUUUUAGGAAAUUAUUUUCUGAAUUAAAUUUUAUUAUUCUUUUUUCUCAUUUUUAGUAUGAAAAAUAUAAAAUGUAAAAUAAUCAUUGAGUUUAAAAUGACAGUAAAUUAGCAGUCAGGGAAUGACUAUUUAAUUUAUAAAUUAAAUUCAAAAUAAUUAGAAUUAAUAUUGUGAUUAACAAAUUAUGAGAAAAUGAAAUGAGCUGCAUUUAUUAAUUAAAAUCAUGUGUUAUGUCAAAUUAUUCUGUCACAUAUUAAAAUGCUUUUAAUUGACUUUUUAAAGGAGAUUAUACGGAAAGUUUUCAGAAAAUAUGUAGAAAAAAUUAUUCCUGGAACAGAAAGAAUCAUUAGUGAAAAAAUAAAAUAAAAAUAAUAACAAAGAAAUGCAGAAAAAACGUCAGUUAAAUGAACUUUUCAUGUAAUGAAACGUUUAAACAAGAAUAAAAAUCUAUUUUUUGGAUGGAGACAAAUUCUGAAUUAAUUAAUUUUUUCUUUCAAUAAUAGUUAAUAACUAACAAUAACGAAAAUAUUCCAUAAUUUUAAAAUGAUUUUGGGGAAUUUACUAAUUAAACUAAAUUAUGCUGUUUUUUAAAAAUAAAAUUAUUAUUAUUAUUAUUAUUAUUAUUAUUAUUAUUAUUAAUAAUAAUAAUAAUAAUAAUAAUAAUAAUAAUAAUAAUAAUAAUAAUAAUAAUAAUAAAGUCAAUGGUUUUGUCUUUUCAUCUUUUUUUCUGAAUAGUUUCAUUUAUUUAUGGAUUUUCUGAACCUUUUUAUUUUUAUUCUCUUUUCAUUCCAACAUUUAAACCCUGAAUUCACCAAGCCCAAAUUUUUCCAGUUUCUGCUUAAUAAUUAUUGAUCUGAUUACCUGAGAAACGCUGAUUGAUUGAUUGAUUGAUUGAUUGAUUGAUUGAUUGAUUGAUUGAUUGAUUGAUUGAUUGAUUGAUUGAUUGAUUGAUUGAUUGAUUUGGGGAUGAAGUGGAUUUUUCAGGUUAAAUGCGACCAAAUGAAGAAAGAAGCUGAAAGAUUUCUGGAUGAAAACAUUUUGAUUUAUGAAACAUCAGCAGAUUUAUCUCGGUUUGAAUUUAAAAUCAUUUUAGUUUGUGUGUGAAUGAAAACUUUACUCGUUCAGGUUUUUCCUCAAAGUUUUAUUUUUGUAUCUGAUUUCUAGACGUUGGGUUUUAUGUGAUGUUUUUUAAUUUAAUAAAAGUUUGUUUCUUCAAGUCA